AUGAAGUUUUGUAGCAAACUAUUUGUAACGGUGUUGACCCUGGUUGUCUCUCUUCAUUAUUUCUGUCAAGUCAAUGACUGUGCGGACCAAUUGUUACAGAUCUGCCAUUACACUUCCCCUAAUACAUGGGAUCAAUUCUUAUCCGAUAAGAGUGUCACUUACAAAUUGCAAGUCGCACCAAGGAUAAUUCAAGCUAAAGAACAAUAUUCGAUCCAUGUGGAACCUUCUUUAAAUGAACUUUACGAAAAAGUUCAUGAAAAGGCUAUUAGACCAGCAACUGUCUUCGUGAUGAAAUAUUAUGAAAAUUUUGAUGCCGCUCCUUACAAGAAUUGUAUUCUUAAGAAUGUAGCAUUGAUCCGUCAUAAAUUUUGGUUCUAUUAUAAUAUCUCUGUGAAACCAGUUGUAUUGAGAAUUUCUGAAAAAUAUGGGUUAUGUGACAAAUGUGGACAAGUUCGUUCAAUGUUGAUCCCAUAUUGUUCAAAAGUCCAUGCUAUUUUUGAAUCAGUAAAGGCUCAAGUGGGUCUUAAAUGUAUAUGUGCUAAGGAAUGUAUUACCAAGAAGUAUGCUCAAUUGAAAGAUAAAUUAGCAGGAUUAAAUUCACCGGCCAAGGUAAAGAGAGAUGUUGUUUCCGAAAAGACUGCAAUUAAGUCUGUGUCCAGCACGCGUAAAACAACAACUAGUACUUCCACUUCAACAUCCACUUCUACCUCAGUUAUUUAUUCUACUACCAGCGUGGUGAUCGAUUCCACUGUCACUUCCACCAUUGUUAAAAAUUGGCCCGGUAAGGUAGCAACUACCAGUGGUGAAGCCGUCAAGGAUUUGGAUGUAGAUGAACAACAACUUUUACAAUCAGAUUUUGACAAUUGGUCUAACACCAUUGAACAGAAAAUUGCAUCUAUUAACAAACUAUUUGAUAAGGAUGUUGCCAAAUUGAUCAAGAAAGAAAUGAAAUCUAAUGAACAAAAAUUUAAAGAUAAGAUUCAAAACUUGAAUCAGGAAUCUGAAUUAUUAUUUCAAGACUUAAAUAAAGCCAUUCAAGAUAUUAAUUGUACUGAAUCUUUGGAUCCACAAACUAACGAAACCAUUUACUUUGAUAGAAAUGGUGAAACUCAAUUGGAACAAUAUAUUGAACGUCCAUUAAUCAGAGAAUUGUUUGAAAAGACGCGCGCCACUCUGAAUGAACUUAUCGCUGAUAUUCAAAACGAUGAAAAUGUCUUAAUUGAAAAGGUCAAUAAGAAGGUGGAAUCCAUUCGUGAUGAACAUUUAGAUGUUUACGAAGAAUGGGGCGAAAUCAUGGUUAAUGAAUGGUCCAAGAGAAUGGCCUACGUGGAUGUCGUGGCAGCUCAUCUAAACGCUGAAGAAAAGGAAGCCAAGAAGACCAUGUCUGAGGAAAACUGGAAGAAGUUCCUGAAAGUGAAGAAACAAGUAAUCGGUGCAAGAGAUGAAUUAGUCGAACAUGUUCCAAAUAUUAAAACCAUGGAACAAUUUCUAAACAAUAUACAGGAGACAUUAAAGAUGUUAUCCAAGGAUGCAGGUGAAUAUCUGUACAUACUAAGAGCUAGAGCCAACUUAGCUUUCCAAGAACGUGAGAAGGAAGAAAGCGAACCUGAAACUGAAACGAUUACCAAGACAAUAACUAACGGUAUUAUCCCAACCGAACCUGCUGAAAAUGACAGAAAUGCUGAUAUCGGGACUGAAGCUGAGAAAGCUACUGAAGAAUCUACUGAACCAAUUGAAGAAGAACAUCAAGAAGAAGUUAAGGAACAAGUCGAUGCUGCUGACGAUGUCGUGGAAACAGAAGAGGAAACCUCUGAAACUGUCGCUGAGCCAACAGAUGAGCCUGAGAUUGAAACAGAGGAGGAAGCCAAUGAAUAG